GAAAGAGUGAGUCAGUGAACGAGUGAAGUUUAUUUUUUGAGCUUUUUGUUGAAGAUAUGGCCAUGGCGAGUGUGAAAUUGGGGAGACAAAGUAGCAUACAAGAUAGUCCGAGGAGUCCCGAAGCAAAGCUUGGGAUGCAAGUGGAGGAUCUAUGGGAUGUUCAGGAGCCUGAGCUUAGUCCUAAUGACAAACUCAACGCUUGCUUUGAAAGCAUCCCUGUUUCUGCUUUCCCUAUUGCUCCUCAAGGGAUUGAGAUAAAAUCGGAUGCGAGUCUGGCUGAUGCCGUUCAAAUACUGGCCCAAAACAAGAUACUCAGCGCACCCGUUGUCGAUGUUGAUGCUCCGGAAGAUGCAACGUGGAUGGACAGAUACAUUGGCAUUGUAGAGUUUGCAGGAAUUGCUGUAUGGAUUUUGCAACAGUCAGAACCAUCUUCGCCUAGAAGUCCAUCGUCUCCGAGUGGAGCUGAGUCUGCUUUAGCUGCUAAUGGAAUGGCCUCUGCUGCAGGACUUGAGGCUUUAGGCCCUGAAAGUGCUUCAAUUACUUCUGGAGACUUUUUUGAGGCGCUAACGUCAUCUGAGUUCUAUAAAAACACCAAGGUUCGUGAUAUCUCCGGGUCGUUCCGCUGGGCACCAUUCCUUGCUUUGCAGAAUACGAACACCUUUUUGACCAUGUUGUUACUACUUUCGAAGUACAAAAUGAAGAGUGUUCCUGUGCUUGAUCUGGGGGAUGGAAAGAUAGAUAACAUCAUAACACAGUCGGCUGUCAUUCACAUGUUAGCGGAAUGCACUGGACUUCACUGGUUUGAAAGCUGGGGAAGUAAGAAGCUUUCGGAGAUCGGUCUUCCCACAAUGUCCACCAAGGAAAUUAUCACAGUAUACGAAGAUGAACCAGUGCUUCAGGCCUUUAAGUUGAUGAGGAAAAAGAGAAUCGGAGGCAUACCGGUCAUUGAACGCGGAGGGGGAAAAGCUAUAGGUAACAUAAGCCUUCGAGAUGUACAGUUCCUUUUAACCGCAGCUGAUAUCUACCGUGAUUACAGGUCAAUAACGGCCAAGAACUUCCUAAUAGCGGUUCGGAACUACUUGGAGAAACACGAGAAGAGAUCGCCUAUGUUGAGUGGGAUGAUAACUUGCAAGAGAGAUGAAACAGUGAAGGACUUGAUUCAGAAGCUCGACUCGGAGAAGAUCCAGAGAGUGUACGUCGUGGACGAUGACGGGAACUUGGAAGGAGUAAUCACGCUGAGAGACAUCAUUUCGAGGCUGGUACACGAACCACGCGGAUACUUCGGUGAUUUCUUCGACGGUGUGUUGCCUUUACCUGAAAACAGCAGGGUCUAGAAGAGUAACAAAGACAGGUUUAAGGCUUUUUCUUAUGAAAUUUGCCCGUGUGUUUUGGGGAUGCAGAUGGUAACAUAGGUGAGCCUUUGUAGUUAAUUUUCUUCCAGCUUCUGUAAAUUUUUGGUGUAUUCGAGAACUCGAUUUGGAUGUGCUGUGUUGCAAUCUAAUAAGCGGAGCCAUCUUCUUGGA